AUGGGCAACGCGGGCAGCGUGGACGCGCAGCAGACGGAGGUGCGGGCGCACAGCGCGCCCCUCAAGCUGCCCAUGCCCGAGCCCGGCGAGCUCGAGGAGCGCUUCGCCGUCGUGCUGAACGCCAUGAACCUGCCGCCCGACAAGGCCCGGCUGCUGCGGCAGUACGACAACGAGAAGAAGUGGGAGCUCAUCUGCGACCAGGAAAGAUUUCAAGUGAAGAACCCGCCACAUACCUAUAUCCAGAAGUUAAAGGGCUACCUGGACCCCGCGGUGACGAGGAAGAAAUUCAGAAGACGAGUCCAAGAAUCGACUCAAGUGCUUCGAGAACUGGAAAUUUCCUUAAGAACAAAUCACAUCGGAUGGGUCAGGGAGUUCUUGAAUGAAGAAAACAAGGGCCUGGAUGUUCUGGUGGAAUAUCUGUCAUUUGCACAGUAUGCAGUCACUUUUGACUUUGAAAGUUUGGAGAACAAUGUGGAAAACUCCGUGGACAAGUCCAAGCCUUGGAGCCGGUCCAUCGAGGACUUGCACAGAGGGAGCAAUUUACCCUCGCCAGUGGGCAACAACAUCUCGCGCUCCGGCCGACACUCCACUUUGCGGUAUAAUACCCUGCCAAGCCGAAGAACGCUAAAAAACUCCAGAUUAGUGAGCAAGAAGGACGAUGUUCAUGUCUGCAUCAUGUGUUUACGUGCCAUAAUGAAUUACCAGUAUGGAUUCAAUAUGGUCAUGUCGCAUCCCCAUGCCGUUAACGAAAUUGCACUAAGUUUGAACAACAAGAAUCCCAGGACCAAAGCCCUCGUCUUGGAGCUGCUGGCCGCCGUGUGCCUGGUCCGAGGAGGGCACGAGAUCAUCCUCUCGGCGUUUGAUAACUUCAAGGAGGUYUGUGGGGAGAAGCAGCGCUUUGAGAAGCUGAUGGAGCACUUCCGAAAUGAGGACAACAACAUUGACUUCAUGGUGGCCUGCAUGCAGUUCAUCAACAUCGUUGUCCACUCGGUGGAAGACAUGAACUUCCGAGUCCACCUGCAGUACGAGUUCACGAAGCUGGGCCUGGAUGAGUAUCUGGACAAACUUAAGCACACUGAGAGUGACAAGCUGCAGGUGCAAAUCCAGGCCUACCUGGAUAACGUUUUUGAUGUGGGAGCUUUGCUGGAGGAUGCUGAAACCAAGAACGCUGCCUUGGAAAGAGUUGAAGAACUGGAAGAAAAUAUUUCUCAUUUAUCUGAAAAACUCCAAGAUACGGAGAAUGAAGCAAUGGCAAAGAUUGUGGAACUGGAAAAACAGCUCAUGCAGAGAAACAAAGAACUGGAUGUGAUUCGGGAAAUCUACAAAGACGCAAAUACCCAGGUUCAUACGCUGAGGAAGAUGGUCAAAGAAAAAGAGGAGGCCAUCCAGCGGCAGUCAACGCUGGAGAAAAAGAUCCACGAACUGGAGAAGCAGGGCACCAUCAAAAUCCAGAAGAAGGGUGAUGGGGACAUCUCCAUUCUGCCCGUGGCGCUGGCUGCCGGCGCGCUGCCCGCAGGGGCGGACGCCGUGGCCGGCACCAGUGUCGCGGCAGGCGCCGGGGCCGCGUCUUCGGUGCCGCUGCCGCCGCCGCCGCCACCUCUGCCAGCCUCAGCGGCGGCGCCCGAGGCGGUGCAAAACGGCCCCGUGUCGGCGCCGAUGCCGCCGCCGCCGCCUCCGCCACCACCACCACCUCCGCCUCUGCCAGGCCCGGCCCUGGAGGCGGCUCCCGCGGCGCCGCCGCCGCCGCCCUCGGCUCCCCCCUUGCCCGGCACCUCUCCCACCGUGGUCUUCAACUCAGGACUCGCAGCUGUGAAAAUCAAGAAGCCCAUCAAGACCAAGUUCCGCAUGCCCGUCUUCAACUGGGUGGCCCUCAAGCCCAACCAGAUCAACGGGACGGUCUUCAACGAGAUCGAUGACGAGAGGAUCCUGGAGGACUUAAACGUGGAUGAAUUUGAAGAAAUAUUCAAAACAAAAGCCCAAGGGCCAGCCAUUGAUCUUACUUCGAGCAAGCAAAAGAUAACACAGAAAGGCUCGAACAAAGUCACGUUACUGGAUGCAAACCGGGCCAAAAAUCUUGCCAUUACUUUAAGGAAAGCUGGAAAGACAGCGGAUGAAAUAUGCAAAGCCAUUCACGUGUUUGACCUGAAAACGCUGCCGGUGGAUUUUGUGGAGUGCCUGAUGCGGUUCCUGCCCACCGAGAACGAGGUGAAGGUGCUGCGGCUCUACGAGCGGGAGCGGAAGCCCAUCGAGAACCUGUCCGACGAGGACCGCUUCAUGAUGCAGUUCAGCAAGAUCGAGAGGCUCAUGCAGAAGAUGACCAUCAUGGCCUUCAUAGGCAACUUUGCCGAGAGCAUCCAGAUGCUGACCCCCCAACUUCACGCAAUAAUAGCUGCGUCCGUCUCAAUAAAAUCAUCCCAAAAGCUUAAGAAAAUACUGGAGAUAAUCCUGGCGCUGGGUAACUACAUGAACAGCAGUAAGCGGGGAGCUGUCUACGGGUUCAAGCUGCAGAGCCUGGACCUGCUCCUGGAGACCAAGUCAACGGACCGAAAGCAGACGCUGUUGCACUACAUCUCUAACGUCGUCAAGGAGAAGUACCAGCACGUGUCGCUCUUCUACAACGAGCUGCAUUACGUGGAGAAGGCAGCCGCAGUGUCUCUGGAGAACGUCCUSCUGGACGUGAAGGAGCUGCAGAGAGGCCUAGACCUGACGAAGCGGGAGUACAGCAUGCACGACCACAACACGAUGCUGAAGGAGUUCAUUCAGAACAACGAGGGAAAGCUAAAGAAACUGCAGGACGAUGCAAAGAUAGCCCAGGAUGCCUUCGACGACGCUGUGAAGUACUUCGGGGAGAACCCCAAGACCACCCCCCCGUCGGUGUUUUUCCCCGUGUUUGUCCGGUUUGUGAAAGCCUACAAGCAAGCAGAAGAAGAGAAUGAGUUGAGAAAAAAGCAGGAACAGGCCUUAAUGGAAAAACUGAUGGAACAAGAAGCACUGAUGGAGCAACAGGACCAAAAGUCUCCUUCGCACAAGAGCAAGAGGCAGCAGCAGGAGCUCAUCGCCGAGCUCCGGCGGCGGCAGGUCAAGGACAACAGGCACGUGUACGAGGGCAAGGACGGGGCCAUCGAAGACAUCAUCACAGAUCUCCGCAGCCAGCCGUACCGCCGGGCCGACGCGCUGAGGAGGAGCGUGCGGCGCCGCUUCGACGAGCAGAGCCUGCGCGCGGCCAACGGCACCGACAUCCCCAUGUGAGCGCCGCGGCCGCGCCGAGCCCGGAGACGCGCGGCACGCCGGCGCCCGCCGCUCCGCCGCCGCUAACAAGUGCCUAGAACUGAAGCACCUGCUCCGACUAAUCAAAGCAAUAGGACUUGGCUUGGCUGGGUCUCGCUGUACACCCACGCAUUYUCCCGUGUUCCUAACCAAAAUGUAAAGUAGGUGUUGCCUGCGGCUGCCGGGUUCUGCUGCGCUGAGGUCUGCAGGUGACCUGCACACAGGGGAGGGCCCCUCGGCCGCGUUGCCCACGCACCCACCUCGGCUCCAGCUGCACUUACAGGCUCUUCUUUU